AUGGCAGAUGACAAAGUUUGGCGUAGCUUGAACGAAGAACUUGGCAACAGGUGGUUCUCAUUGUCUCCUCCUAUACUUCGAGCCUUGCAAAUGAUUCUUCAACUCGUAAUCAGUUUAAGGUGCUUCAUCAACCACGGAGAUAUCGUCGCUCUUACGUUGGCUGGUACUAUUAGCAAUCUAUGUUCAUUAGAAACACCUUUCGGAUCAUUGGGUAUCCUAAAUUUCGAAUUGCAUGGACUGGAUGUGAUCUUCAGUAAUGAAUUGACGACCUGUUGCAGAAUAUUUACCAUCAGCAAGCAAACUGCUAUAAUUGUAGGGUCUUCACAUUCCCGUCAAGUUUAUCAACGCCAUUUGCAAAUGAUUCUCAACAUAAGAAGCGAGUCAUUUGGUUGGCCUUCUUACGGUCAAAUUAACUUUUGUACCAAAUUCUCAAUCCUCGCAAAGGAAAUCGACCAUCUGCAAAGAUAUUUUUAA